CGCGGAGGUCCGUUUCCAGCCUAUUGCUCACCGCGAUGCCGAUGCGCCAUGUGUGUUACAUCGUCCAAACACAUGGAAUCAGGUUAUUCUGAAUUGGUGGAGCUACCACCACCACCACCACCACCGCCACCACCACCGCCACCACCAAGUGCUGCAAAUCGAGGUCGUGUGAGAGCUGGUCGACGUGAAGACGGACAAAAUUGUGGUGACCUCUCUCUGGCAGUAAUGGGCAGCGUGUUAAAUUCCCCCACCCAACAUGAUCGAGUGGUUUUGCAGCUUGUGAACGCGAACUUUGCUGUGUAUGCUGGAAGGGACUUACAGCAUCGUCGCCGUUACCUUUCCGGACAACAGUUCCUUUAAAGGCAAAACAACCUUUUUCCUCCAUCGGAACGCAGCCGCUGACACAAUAAGCUGACCAUAAGACAGGCUUUGUUUUGGAGAAGGGUUUUACAACAUUUUAUGUUUGCUCGGUGGGUCAACCCAACCACUGGUAUAUACCACACACAUUUGAACGGACGGUACUGCACCGCACAAAAACACACCAGCCAGCCAUUGAAACAAACAUUGCCGUUGCGAGUACAGACGGGCUGAAUAAACAACAACAAUAAUAACAGAAAAAUGCAUAAAAUAUCGUCCAAAAAUACAUUACACGAUGGAAUGCAGAUGCAAAACUCCACUCCCACUUGGGUGUGUGAAUCAUCAUCCGUCGUCUUUCUUUUGCGCCCACGGCGAUAAAAGGUUCACAAAAACCUUGCUACAGCACGUUCAAUCACACCCGAACGGUCGAUAGCCGUUGUUAAGCAAGCUAUCGAGCCUCGAUAGUGGUAAGACAAGAUUUAACGCACUUCUUGUUUUGAAAUACACUGUUUUUAAG